AUGCGAGCUUUGACGAAAACAAUAUCAUGCAGACACCCAAGUCUUCAUCUUUUCCACCCAAACGUAGAAUCCUUUGUAUGGAACAACCUCAUUCGAUUUCGAGUCAGACUCAAAUCCAAACUUCAACAUUCCCCACUCUCUCUCUACCUUCGCAUGCGCUCCCGUUCCGUAUCUCCAGAUCUCCAUACAUUCCCUUUCCUUCUUCAAUCCUUCAAUGCCCAUUCUCAUCUCUCCCAUGGACUACAACUUCAUGCCCAAAUCUUUCUCUUUGGUCUCUCAGAUGACCCUUUUGUUCAAACAUCUCUUAUUAACAUGUACUCUUUAUGUGGUAGCGUUUCUUUUGCACGCCAACUGUUUGAUGAAAUUCCGCAACCGGACUUGCCAUCUUGGAAUACUAUCAUCCAUGCAAAUGCGAGGGUUGGUAUGAUUCAUGUUGCGAGGGAAAUCUUUGAUCGUAUGCCGCAACGAAAUGUGAGAUCUUGGAGCUGUAUGAUUCAUGGUUAUGUGAGUUGCGGUGACUACAAAGCUGCACUUUCCUUGUUUCGUGAUUUGCAGGUGAUGGAGGGUCAUAGAAUUAGGCCUAAUGAGUUUACAUUGACCUCUGUGCUAUCGGCUUGUGCGCGGUUAGGUGCACUUGAACAUGGUAAAUGGGUUCAUGCUUAUAUUGAUAAAUCAGGGAUGAAAGUUGAUGUUGUUUUGGGGACCGCUUUGAUUGACAUGUAUGCCAAAUGUGGGAAUAUUGAAAGGGCUAAAUGCAUAUUUGGUAAUAUGGGUCCCGAAGGGAAAGAUGUAAUGGCUUGGAGUGCUGUGAUUGCUGCCAUGGCUUUGCAUGGACUUUCAAAGGAAUGCCUUGAACUUUUUGAAAAGAUGAUAAAUGAUGGGGUGAGGCCAAAUGCUGUGACGUUUGUGGGUGUUCUUUGUGCUUGUGUACAUGGUGGAUUAGUUAGUGAAGGGAAUCAGUAUUUCAAUAGGAUGACAGAAGAGUAUGGUGUUAAUCCUUUGAUACAACAUUAUGGUUGCAUGGUUGAUUUGUACAGCAGAGCAGGUCGAAUUGAAGAUGCUUGGGAUAUUGUGAAAUCAAUGCCUAUGGAACCUGAUGUGAUGAUUUGGGGAGCUUUGCUUAGUGGUGCUAGGAUGCAUGGUGACAUUGAAACUUGUGAAAUUUCAAUAAAGAAACUCAUUGAGUUGGACCCUAAAAACAGUGGUGCUUAUGUGCUUCUUUCUAAUGUGUAUGCAAAGCUGGGUAAGUGGAAGGAAGUGAGACAUUUGAGAGAUCUUAUGGAAAUGAGGGGCGUCAAGAAAGUUCCAGGGUGCAGUUUGGUUGAGAUAGACGGCAUUCUUCAUGAGUUUUAUGCAGGGGGUGAUUCUCAUCCAGAAACAGAAAAUAUAUAUAGGAUGGUUGAUGAGAUUAUAAAGAGAUUGGAAAAGCAUGGUUACGUACGUAACACGAAUGAGGUGUUGCUUGAUUUGGAUGAGGAAGGAAAGGAGUUUGCAUUAUCUCUUCAUAGUGAAAAACUAGCACUUGCAUAUUGUUUUUUGAGGACAAGCCCGGGUACCACAAUAAGGAUUGUAAAGAACUUGAGGAUUUGUAUGGAUUGUCAUGUUGUGAUGAAAAUGGCAUCUAGGGAAUUUAAUAGGGAGAUUGUUGUAAGAGAUUGCAACCGUUUUCACUAUUUUAAAAAUGGGUUGUGCUCCUGUAAAGACUACUGGUAA